GUCAUUGGCUUCGGCAACGCAUGUGGCACAGUGGCCUGCCUGCACGCGACGUCGAAUUCCCGCGACUGGAUGUCCCUGGCACAAGAUGCGCCACUGGAACGCUUCGUUCAGCUGCAAGCAUCUUCGACGCCCGAACAACGAGGCGAGGCGCUGUUGAACGACGCGUCGCUGAGGCAGUCGUCCGAAACGGCCGCGACCUCCGAAGCGGCGCAGACACAAUGUCCAGACCGUCAUGGUCCCCCGUUGGAUCACCAUUUUGCUGCUUUCGCUCGCUCCAGGCAAAAUCGCAUCAUUGAGCUG